AUGGAUCGCCAGGAGCCAGGACUCAUCAAGUGGUCGCCAAACGCGGCGCACGACUCGUUCCUGCACAUCAGCUUACAGGAGCGUGUCGUGCAGCUCUAUGAGCCGACAGGUCUCGCACAGCGCGGUCGCUUCGAGUACCGUAAGCUGGCCAAACACAACGAUCUACCACCGCUGACGGCCUAUGACUGGUCUCCCACGGUUCCAGGCAUCGUAGCAGUUGGCACUCAGACCGGCGUGGUCAACUUGCUACGUAUCGACGAUAACUCAAACGGUUACCAGGAGCUAGCCCUCAAGAUCUCGCGUACCUGUCAGGCCGUCGCCUUCAACACUGGCGGCAAGUUGGCGGUUGCCCUGGACCGCGUGCGCAGCGAUCACUGCCUGUACAUCUGGGAUGUCUCGCGUCUUUCAUCCCUGAACGAUGCCCACAUCGUCGGCUUGCCACCCGACCUGGGCUUGCCCCUGGAUCCUGUUGAUCGACUCGAGCAUAACGCGUCCGUGUCCAGCAUCCGUUUCUUUGAGGACAACCCGAAUGUUCUGGUAGCCGGUAUCAAGGGCCAGGGAUUGCGUAUCCAUGAUCUACGAGACCAUGCCCACUCCUCUGUGGCCUAUUUCCAGACCAAAUGUUGUAAUAACUUGGCUAUCGACUACGCUGACCAAAACUACUUUGCUUCUUCCGCCCUUGACCAGCCUGGAGUCAUGAUUUGGGACCGCCGGGCUCUGAACCGGCAUACUGUCAGUUCCUCCUACGCUGAAGCUCUUGAUCGGGAUGGCCUCUGCUGGGGCGGUGCCCUACGCCUCGAUCGUGCAGUACACGUUGACCCGAACGACCCGGCUGCGCUCGAUGCCAAAAGCUCCAUGAUUCGGUCUCUGCGCUUCUGUCGUGACCAUCCUGGCAUGUUGGCCGUGCUCUCGCAGACGGGCCAGCUCCGGGUCUUCUCAGCUCGUCAUGAGCAUCUUGACCCAGAUGCAAGGGUUGCCAGCAGCCCAGAGCUGCUCGAGGUUCGUCGUUCCUAUGAAAUGGACCCUCUGUAUGCCGAGCCGGGCCGUAAGAGUGAGAGGAUUGUGUCAUUCGACUGGAUUACGAUGAGCUCCCCUGUGCUCAAGCCACGAGUUCUGGUUCUUCGUGCGAAUGGUACCUUUGACGUGCUUGAAAAACCCUCGUUUACGUCAGAGUAUCCGUUCAAGCUGGUCCCUUGGCAGCCUCCUUACCGAGGCCUGGAUGGCACUGAUUAUCAAGAACUAAUGGAGUUUGAGCCGUCACAAGAAGAGCGGAUAUUUGCUCCCUUCCUGACCGAACAGGCUCUGACUGAUGUGCCUUUGUUCGGGCCCAACAAGGCCAGCGUCAGAACACUUGUCGAGAAAACACUGGCCGAUGGCCUUUCUCAGCACACACUAGCAGUCUCGGGCGGGUCUGACCAGCGUACUUCCGUCUCGAAGGAAGCACCCACGGUCGCAGACAAGCUGAAGGCACUUAGAAAGGCUGCUAAAAACAGCGAGGGCAACUCCGAAGGACUCUUAUCGCAGCUCGAACGCCGAGAGAGCUUGCUCAGCUGUACCAGGGAUAUGACAGGGCUCUCGAGCCAAGACCGCUAUGUCCUGGAUCAUGUCAUGCUUCUGCGUGCUCAGGAGGGCUAUCGAUUUGAUCCGAUAAAAAAUCAGGGAAUUGUGGCAGACGAUCCGUGGUUGAAAGAUGCCUGGGCUUGGGUUGCUGGUGCAGAGGCAGCAGCUUUUGAUGACGGGAUGGUAGCGUUUCCCUUAGACGUUGGCUACAUGGGUGUUCACACAAUCUGGAACAACGAUUUGGGCAGUCGCCCUGAGAUGAGGCUAGCUGAAGAUGCCGAACUUCCGGACGAGGCCGGCUGGGAGCGUUGCUUGAACACGAUCAAUAAGCAAUUGAGGAUACCCAAAUUUGAUGGACAAGUCAAGACCAGAAGGCCGCAUCAUCGGGCAAUGUGUCUGGCAAUAUGUGGUUUUGGUCGCUCGGAUACGGAGGAUAUGGAGUUCUCGUCACCCUCUAAGCGAGAGUCGACAUGGUACACCAUGGUUGCGGCACAAGCUCUCUUCCGGGGUGACACAAAAGGCGCCGUGCAGGUGCUAAAGAAAGCGAGCACCGAGUAUCCGGAGCUGUUGUUUGUGUCACUUGCGCUCCAGCUCAUGGGAAAGAAUGGUGGUCAUGAUGGCGAGACAAAUGUUGCGCUAGACUUUGACGAAAAGGUGGCGUCUCGGACAGACCCGUAUUUGCGUGCCAUCUCAGCCAUCAUCGCAACGGGAGAUUGGGCCGUGAUUGCUAACCAGCGGUCGCUGCCCCUGCGCGAUCGAUGCUUCGUCGCUGUCCGAAACCUGGACGACGAUGCUCUUACGGCUUGGCUCGAUCGCGAGGUAUCUUUGGCGAUUGAGACAGGCGACAUCGAGGGCAUCGUGCUCACAGGUAUCACGGACCGGCUGGUAGAUAUUCUUGCCCGUUACGUGCACAAAUUUAACGAUUUCCAGACGGCAACCCUGCUCUUGUCCAUCUGCGCCCCUCGCUUCAUCGACGACAUCCGCGCUACGGCGUUCCGAAAUGCCUACCGCAACUAUCUCCAGCGUCACCGUGCUUUCUUCUUGCGCGCUAAGUUCGACGUUGAGUCCACGAAACGCUCCAAGCACCGUGGCGUGCCAACCCUGCGCCCGGCUGCCAGACAGAUUGGCCUGCGCUGCGUGUACUGCGAUGUAGCAAUCAAGCAGGAGCAGCUUGCCAACACCAGCGUUUCCACGCUCCCCUUCCGCGCGAGCACCGGUUCGAGCGGCAUCACGGCCACUAAUCCUGCUACGCAGAACAGUCCCAACCCUUCGGGCAGCUUGAGCAACCCGGCUACUCCGCGGCUCUUGCCUGGAGGGAGCGCCGCCGCUAGUCGUGCCGGCACACCGUCCUCCCGGAGCGAGUUCCGCUACCACCAGCAGCAACAAGCUGCUGGCUCGGCAUACACCGACAAGCUUGUGUCGGCGGGUAUAAGUUGUCCGAACUGCAAGCAGCACCUCCCACGUUAUCUAGAUAUGAUCAAUGUGGAUGAGGCCACAUGCUCCGUGUAG